AUGCUGUCGGACGCAGACUACCCCGGGAACGGCUCCGGUGCCCGGCGAGCUAAAAGGAGAAGCUCUGCGGAGUCUCCGGGCGACGGCCAGGCCCUUCGGUCAUCUGGGAGGCAGACCAACGUCCGAGUGAAACGCGCCAAUAACCCUCCACCUGGACAGAGCAAAAGGAAAGCGACAGACACAGAAGAGGAAGACGACCAGGCGGAGAAGAAAUACAGGAAGUGUGAGAAGGCGGGGUGCUCGGCGACGUAUCCAGUCUGUUUCGCGAGCGCUUCCGAAAGAUGUGCUAAAAAUGGAUACACGUCUCGCUGGUAUCACCUGUCGUGUGGCGAGCACUUUUGCAACGAGUGCUUCGAUCACUACUACAGAAGUCACAAGGACGGUUACGAAACGUUUUCCGUAUGGAAAAAAGCGUGGACGAGUAAUGGAAAAAGUGAGCCCAGUCUCAAAGCCUUCAUGGCAGACCAGCAGCUUCCCUACUGGGUGCAGUGCACAAAACCCAACUGCAGGAAGUGGCGUCAGCUAACCAAGGAGAUCCAGCUGACUCCCGCAUUGACAGACACGUAUCGCUGUGGGAUGAAGUUCAACAAUGUCAAGAGUGAAGGACCGGACCAGUGCUCCCAGCCAGAAGACCUGAGAGUGGCGGAAGUGACAAGCAGCUGGUGGCACUCGAUGCUCAUUUUGCCACCGUUGUUUAAAGACAGCCCAGCCACUCCCUUCUUGGCUGCCUACUAUCCCGACUGCGUGGGCAUGAGUCCGUCCAGCUCUCCCGGCAGCACGUCGCUAAGCGAGCUAAGGGCCGACCACUGUAGAGCCGUCCAGCCCAAAAUCCCAGGACUGUGUCCGUACUUCCAGCCCUUCUACCAGCCCAAUGAAUGCGGCAAAGCUCUGUGCGUCAGGCCUGACAUGAUGGAGCUAGACGAACUUUAUGAAUUUCCUGAAUUUUCCCGUGACCCCACCAUGUACUUGGCACUGCGCAAUCUCAUUCUGGCCUCCUGGCACAAAAACUGCAAGGAGGUGCUCACUGUCAAGAAAUGCAUCAUGCACGUGGUGGUGCGCGGGCUGGUCCGUGUCCGCUGCGUGCAAGAGAUGGAACGCGUGCUCCAUUUCAUGACCAGGAAGGGCCUCAUCAACACGGGGGUGCUUGCGGUCCAGCGACCCCUGCUAUCCGAUAAGCAUCGCACGAAAAACGUCAUUGUGAUUGGCGCAGGGGCCUCGGGGCUUGCUGCUGCACGCCAGCUGCAAAACUUCGGCACUCAGGUCCUUGUGUUGGAAGCCCGUGACAGAAUCGGCGGACGCGUGUGGGACGACACAGGCCUGGGCGUCGUCGUGGGUCGGGGAGCUCAGAUUGUCAACGGUUGCGUUAACAACCCGAUCGCUCUCAUGUGCGAGCAGAUGGGCAUUCGCAUGCACAAACUAGGGGAACGCUGCGACCUGUUUCAGGAGGGUGGGCAAGCCACAGACCCCUCCAUUGACAAACGCAUGGACUUCCACUUCAACGCUAUUCUGGACGUGGUGUCAGAGUGGAGAAAGGACAAAUCGCAGAGCCAAGACAUGCCGCUCGGAGAAAAAGUGCAGGAGCUUAAAAAGAACUUUCUUCAGGAAUCUGGCAUCCAGUUCAGUGAGCUGGAGGAAAAAGUGCUUCAGUUUCACCUCAGCAAUCUGGAGUACGGUUGUGGCAGCUCUUUAAAUCAGGUUUCUGCAAGAUCCUGGGACCACAACGAAUUCUUUGCACAGUUCUCAGGAGACCACACAUUGCUCACCAAGGGCUAUGGCACUCUGCUCCACAAACUAGCCGAGGGCCUCGACAUCCGCAAAAAGAGCCCAGUGACGUCCAUUGACUACUCAGGUGAUAUUGUCAGAGUAACUUGCUCAAAUGGCUCCCAGUGGACAGCAAAGAAGGUUCUAGUCACGGUGCCACUGACACUGUUGCAGAAGAACUAUAUCCACUUUGUCCCUCAGCUUCCAGAGAGGAAAAUGAAAGCCAUCCACAGUCUGGGAGGAGGGAUUAUAGAGAAGAUUGCCCUCAAGUUCCCGUACAGAUUCUGGGAUACCAAAAUCCAAGGAGCUGACUACUUCGGUCAUAUCCCACCGAGUCCCGACAAACGAGGCAUGUUCACUGUCUUCUACGACAUGGACCCGCAGGGGAAGCAGGCCGUGCUAAUGUCUGUCAUAGCUGGGGACGCUGUCAGUGCUGUGCAGGACAUGCAAGACAAAGAUGUAGCAGGAGAGUGCAUGAAGGUGCUCCGGGAACUCUUCAAGGAGCAGGAAGUCCCAGAGCCGCUGCAUUUCUUGGUCACACACUGGAGCAAAGACGCAUGGUCGCAAAUGUCCUACAGCUUCGUGAAGAUGGGUGGCGGCGGCGAGGCAUAUGAUAUCAUUGCCGAGGACGUUCAAGGGAAAUUGUUCUUUGCCGGCGAGGCCACCAACAGACACUUCCCUCAAACUGUAACUGGCGCUUACCUGAGUGGCGUUCGAGAGGCCAGCAAAAUGGCUGCCCUCUGA